CAUUGAAUAGCUGGGACCGAGGAUCGUAAGGAUGGGUGUCAAAAAACACAAUAAUAACUCACAAUCUAUGCCUCAUUUUACGUUUUGGUCCAUUCUGCGAAGCUACGAUUCAAACAAGUCAAAUGCAAUGGCAUCGUUCUAUCACCAAAACCUGGUGACAUCCAAAUGUUCUUUUGGCGAGCAACAAACCACCAUUCCCCGCUCUAUAACUUUUGGACCUCCGCGACAAGAUGAUCAUCAUCAUCUUUUUGAUCUUCGCGAUAAAAAAACACGACGACGACCGCCGCAACCCCUUAAUGCCAAUGAGAUUAUGGCAAUCUCUUGUCGGAUCAUGGCAUCAGCGAAUCUUCCGUCGCCCCACAGCUCAUGUUUUCUGGGUGAUACCAGUUUCAUCGCACAACGCUUCGUUCAGUGUCGGGAAUCCUUCCGCUCCCAGAACAAGCCAAUCGUCGUCCGGGUCGGCUUCCAUUUUACACAAACUGAAACGCAUUGUCGUUGCGAUGAUGYUGUCAUUCAAAGCAUAAGAAAAUAUGGAUUACAAACAAACCGAAAACCCAAGAACGGCGCCGUUAUGGGAAGGGGAAUCUACAUAGCGGAAAAUCCUCAUGCUUUUUCCUGCUAUGGUAAUGUUGGAAUCGUGGUCCUCUUCCUAGCUGGAUCGAUGCAACGAUGCAACGGAGAUACAAAGGUUAGAAGUCAAGUAGAUUCCGUUAUAGGCAACGCAGUCCAGAACUCAUAUUCGCGCUACUACGACCAAAUCGUCUUGCGACAGGCCGAUCAGGUCCUUCCAGUCAUGGCCUUUCCUCGGUUCGCAACUAACAAUGCAGAGAGAUUGUAUCAAUUUCAUGUUCAGUUACAGGAACUAAUAGACCGGACUAUCAACUACCCCGAGGAUUAUCGUUGUUGUCCGCCUUCAAAAUCUACUUUUGCGCGACGAAAGACCCCCGUGCAAAGAGUUCACCCGAAUUAUCUCGACAUGCAAUUCAGACAUAAGCURAGCAUCAGAUUCAACAAAUCAUACGACUUAGAAAAAAGAAGAAACCUAUAUGUAUUCCACGCCGAUGGUAGGGUCACUCAUAAGAUGUCUCCGUUGGGGCUUUGUUUUUAAGAAGGCUAGAAGUUCCGCAGCACAAACAAUCCUACACUGAAUUAGUAUCAUACAGAUUACGAACAAGAAUUAUGUCUGGUUGGUAGAUAAGAAAGGGUACUUCUCUUG